AUGCACAAUAGCGAUGGUGACGACGAAGAUGACGACGAUGAAGUUCCCCAGCCCAGAUUGGCAGGAAGAAAGAAACCUGGCAAGCAAAGCGUCGCCGAAAACACGUUCAAUUUUUUGUUGAGGGAUUACCUCACCUGUAAAGGAUUGCGGGCUUCACCUGAAGACCUCCCAGCACCUCCAUCCUCCUUUGAAAUCAAUCUUUUCCUUGAAGAUAACCAGGGAGGUCCCUCGGUGGAGACUCCCCGAUUCGACUGGUUCAGCACCUUCAAGUCAGCUUGGAACGAUGAAUUGGCGUAUAUGCUGGCAAUGGAGUUUCGCGGUAUCCUUAAUGAGUCAUCUAACUCUGCGUUAUUUGAGGCGGACAAAGAUUUCACCUUGCUGAAGUACAUCAAAGUGAAGCUCGUUUCAACACUCAGCCGUGUUCAUAAAAGCUAUAAGGAUUUCCAGCCCCCACCGGCCAAUGCAAAGGAGAAUGAUGCUCAAAAGAAAUCGCGCCUUCAAGCACAGAAGGCAUUCCAACAAAAGAUGGGACGUCGCUUGAGCUGUCGUAUCGGGACUUUCGAACGACGGGGUGCGAUUAUCAAGAGUCGCUAUGAUGAGAGUGAGGCUCAGAAGGACACAAACUCGACAAAGUUUUGGAAGAAACUCAAGAAGGUCCAUGCAGAGCUAGGCCAAGAUGGGAUGAGCUCCGACGAAACCGACUCUGAACAAACAGGCCUCCAGGCCAAAAUCGUCCAUCACGUUCCGAAGACCUGGCUCAGCCCUGCCAUCUCCGAACUGUGGAAUGCGGUUGAGAAGUACGGCAAAGGUAGACUGAACAGGGUUGGAAAUUCCCCUCACACACGUAUAUUCGAGCCAAGCGCAUUGUUCAGAACCCAACAAUACACGCCGGCGCAGAGACGAUUCUGUGUACCUGGCCUCCCCUCGAAUUACUACUGCGACUUGUGGUUGAGGGGACUCUCGCCGGCACAGCGGGCUCAGGUGGAUCGUAAAUCACCAAGAGAACUCCCUUCAUAUUCCGCCGCAUGCUCUGCUGGUGCACUGGACGCAACGGUUCAUCAGCGAAGAUCGUCCGGAGUAUGUAAUGGCCAAUUUGUGUCAAAUGCUGAGCUUCGUAUUCACAAAGCACGUUCUGACGAGAUAGCCCAGGAAGCCGCCUUGAAGGAAGUUGAGCGGGAUAUUGUGAAGAUGACACUGCUGGACACCCUGUCAACUCCAAAUAAGGAUCCUCAACAAUCCUUGCAUGCGUCAAGCACCAACUCACCUUCAGUCGUUCCCAAAGCCAACACGUCACCUUCUCCGGCGGUCGUUCCCAAAGCCAACACAUCAUCUUCUCCGUCCAGUGGUAUUGAUCGAGAAGAGGGAGCGUUUAGAGUUUUAUACGAUUUUGACCGACAAAUCGACAAUCAUUUCAAGGAGACCAAGACCGUCUUGGCCGAAUGGGAUCCCAACGGUGCACUUCGUCAAUCCAUGGAGGCCCGUUUCUCGACGAGGCGAGAUGCCGCCAAGUUUUUGCAGAUGGAGUGUGCCUGGUUCUCUGACCUGGGAGCAUGCUUGCAAUGUGCUCCAGCGAGAGGAGAUGAUGUCAACAGAUAUUUUAUGAAUGCUAUGAUAGAGCGCACCAAGAACAUUUCCGAAGAAAUUAAACAGCACUUGUCGAAGUGGGAAGAAAUCGAAGUGGAAAAGGAGAAAGCUGAUAACUAUUAUAACACUGAUUGUCAUUUCGAUCAUCCACUCCAAUACCUCAAGCCUGUCGCACUCGUCGUCAUGUUUACUGCGGUCGUGUUGAAUGUCGUCGCUAAUGUCACGCGAUCACCAUGCAAUUUCAUUUUGAGAAUGAUGAAGCAGCUUCUCAAGCUCACCCUCAACGAUUCCAUCUGGAACGACAUUCCUCAAGAUAUUCGAACCGCACGCGAAAAAUUUGACCUAGACCCAGUCACGACUACCUUUGCCACCUGCCUGACAUGCUCCUCCCUGUACGCUCCGACUGAGGUGAACGGCAAACAGACAUAUGCGGCGCAGUGCGCAUUUAAACAUUUCCCAACGAGCCGCGCUUGUAAUGCUCGAUUGACUGAGCUGUGUAUUGAGCGGGGUGUCAGCAUGCGGGCGCCCAUUCGACCAUACGUCAUGCAGAGUUUCACGGACUUCGCUGGGAAACUCUACAGCCGUCCGGGAGUUGAAGAGUUGAUUUGUCGAACACGUAAAUGCAUGGCAAAGGAGGCGGAGAUCCGGGAUAUAAGCCAAGCAUCUGCCAUUUGCAAUUUCAAUUUCAAAGGAGUCGACGUUUCAGCUACGACGCCUUCAACCCCUUUCACAAUAAGGCUGCAGGAAAAUCAGCUUCCGUGGGGUCUAUGA